AUGUCGGAGCACGUUAUCCUCAUUCAUGGCGACCUGUUGACCAAGGAGCGUCUGGAUGCAAUCCAUGAAGCACGUUCAAUAGAGGACACACCAAAACACUGCUUCGAAUUCCUUGUUUUCAUCCCUGGUCUUUUCCACUUCAAAAUGGCGUGCGCAGAUGCAUUGUGGCGUAUAUGGAUUAAGCCGAAGGAGGGGAGGAACGACAUGAAUAGUCUAUUCCAGCAUGUUGGAGUAUUGAGGCCACAUGAGAGUGGAAAAUUCAGUACAAAUCCUGGCUUCCGUCGUAUGCAUGAUGUUGUUCACCAUGACUUAUGGGCAUCCAUCCUAAACUGCUGGGAGACAGAAGCUUCAGAGAGGAAUAGCUCAUGGGACUCACUUGAAGCAUUUGCAAAAUCAAAACCAAUGCCGGAGAUGAUAGUCGAGAUGUCAGAAAGUAUUGUGGAGAAGUAUAUCGCAACCUCCAAGACAGUAAGCAGUGCAAACCAACUGCCAGCAAAGGAGCGAGAUCGGCGAUUUGAAAACCAAACACUGCAGAACCGUGAUGAACUACUGUAUGUCGACUUGUGUCAUGCAAUGAACUCGGGAGACAUCGGUCGCGUUGAGGCUUCAAUAUUGCCAUGGAUCUACAUGUUCAAGUUGACAGGAAAACCCAAAUAUGCGUAUCAGAUGACACGCUUCAUGAUUUACAUGUGUUAUGUAUAUACAACAGACCUAAGGCAAAUAAUACGUCUGAAUUGGCUAUGCAACCCGACGGGACAAGCAUUCAAGUUUUGUCCUGUCGACUGGCUUGUUGAACGGAACAAUCUGUAUACGAAGGUGAUUUUUGCUGGCAAGGGCUCAAACAGAACAAUUCAACAUAUCAUUCAAGAAUUGCCACUGAUUGAGUUAUACCAAGCAUGUCACGUUAUGGUUGAGAAUGGGUUUCACCUCCAAAACUGCACCAUCAAGCAUGCGCCACCCAACAUGGUGAAAACACUAGAGGAACUCAAGCAGGAAAUACAGAAAUGCUCACCACACAAAACCAAAGCAGGUAGGACCGCUGACUAUGCGGUUUGCAACUGGAUUGCUGCAGGAAUAGAGUUGCUGAUGCAAUACAAAGAAGGAAUUAAAGAGGGUGAAGGUGAUGAACAGGGUGACGGGGUUUUUGCGGAUGAUCUAAUAGGUGAUUAA